GGGACACUUAAUGAUGGAAGAAUUAUUGCCGUGAAACAACUAUCCGUAGCAUCCCAUCAAGGAAAGAGCCAGUUCAUAGCUGAGAUUGCUACUAUAUCUGCUGUGCAACAUCGUAAUCUUGUCAAAUUAUACGGAUGUUGCAUUGAAGGGAGUAAAAGACUUCUUGUCUAUGAGUAUCUAGAAAACAAGAGUCUUGAUCAAGCAUUAUUUGGAAAUUGUUUAACGCUCAAUUGGUCCACACGCUAUGAUAUCUGCUUGGGUGUUGCAAGAGGUUUAACUUACUUACAUGAAGAAUCACGACUCCGUAUUGUACACCGUGAUGUGAAGGCUAGUAAUAUACUGCUUGAUCAUGAGCUUGUCCCAAAAAUAUCUGAUUUCGGGUUGGCCAAAUUAUAUGAUGAUAAAAAGACCCAUAUAAGCACCCGGGUGGCUGGGACAAUUGGAUAUCUUGCACCGGAGUACGCCAUGCGUGGACACCUUACAGAGAAAGCAGAUGUAUUUUCCUUUGGUGUUGUGGCUCUAGAGUUAGUUAGUGGGAGGCCUAAUUCUGAUUCUAGUUUGGAAGGAGAGAAGAUGUAUCUUCUAGAAUGGGCUUGGCAGCUUCAUGAAAACAACUGCGUAACUGAUCUGGUAGAUCCUGGACUAUCAGAAUUCAAUAAGGAAGAAGUAAAACGCAUGGUGGGAAUAGCACUUUUGUGCACUCAGACAUCACCAACAUUACGGCCAUCAAUGUCACGUGUGGUGGCAAUGCUUUCGGGAGAUAUUGAAGUGAGCACUGUAACUACAAGGCCUGGAUACUUGACUGACUGGAAAUUUGAUGAUGUGAGUAGCUUCAUGACUCACAUUGCAACCAAAGCAUCAGAUACAAGUUAUUACAACUCAUCAGCAAGUACCAGCAUAGUUGGUGGUGCAGACCAUUCACCAAUAGAUGCUUCUAAAGCUAUCCUUCAUGAGAGUCUUGACGAGGGUAGGUAAAUAUUGAUGUAUAAUUUUGGGUUCUUGAUCAAGUGUGCAACUAUGAAAAUGGCACUUUGCUCCACAAGUUUUGUUUCCUUUUUUCUUUUACUUUUUCAUCGAGCGCUACUUUACUGUAAUGUAUAUGCUAGGUUAAUUUGUAAUGUAAGUAACCAUGUAAAUUAUCGUACAUUUUACUUUAACAGGUUGCAUCGAAUGUUAUCAUUCAA